GCGACGGCGCUGCUGUGACAUUAUCAGAACGCGCGCCGCCGCUGGCCCCGCCGCCGUCUGCACCGAGUCCCGGCACGGCCAUGUGUCAGGUGGGCGAGGACUACGGGGAGCCCACGUCCGUGGGGCCGCCGCCACCGCCACCGCGACCUGGCUGUGAGCUGAAAUGUGUGAAGUGCAAGGAAGGCCUGCCGGUGGUGGUGAUCCGAGUGGGAGAUGCCUUCUGCAGGAACUGUUUCAAGGCGUUCUAUGUCCACAAGUUCAGAGCUAUGCUUGGGAAGAACCGGCUGAUCUUCCCAGGAGAGAAGGUGCUCCUGGCAUGGUCUGGGGGGCCUUCGUCCAGUUCCAUGGUCUGGCAGGUCCUUGAGGGCCUGAGUCGCGAUUCUGCCAAAAGACUGCGUUUCGUGCCCGGGGUCAUCUACAUUGAUGAGGGAGCAGUCUGUGGACAGAGCCCAGAGGACAGAGCCCAAACCCUGGUCGAAGUGAAGCGGAUCCUGCAGACCGUUGGCUUCCCCUGGCACUUAAUUGCCUUAGAAGAGGUGUUCAGCUUGCCACCGUCCGUGCUGCGCUACUUUGCCCAGGAGCCCACUGGGACCGAGGGGGCCUACAAGGCGGCUGUGGACAGUUUCCUCCAGCAGCAGCACGCACCAGCCCAGGGGGAGGAGCAGCUGACUGAGCCUGGUACCCAGGGCCUCCAGACCCCGGCUGGGCCACCCACAGCUGCCCAGACCGAGGCUCGGCCACCCACAGCUGCCCAGACCGAGGCUCUGUCCAGACUGUUCGACUCAGUGAAGACACUAACAGCCAAGGAGGAGCUUCUGCAGACCCUGCGGACCCACUUGAUCUUGCACGUGGCCCGGACCCACGGCUACUCCAAGGUGAUGACAGGGGACAGCUGCACCCGAUUGGCCAUCAAGCUCAUGACCAGCCUGGCGCUGGGGAGAGGGGCCUUCCUGGCCUGGGACACGGGCUUCUCAGAUGAGCGGCACGGCGAUGUGGUGGUGGUGCGGCCCCUGCGUGACCACACACUAAAGGAGGUCGCCUUCUACAACCGCCUGUUUGGCGUUCCCUCUGUCUUCACGCCGGCCAUAGACACCAAGGCCCCUGAAAAAGCCAGCAUCCACCGGCUGAUGGAAGCCUUCAUGCUCAAGCUGCAGGCCCAGUUCCCCUCCACGGUCAGCACCGUGUACAGGACCAGUGAGAAGCUGCUCAAGGCCCCCAGGGACAGCAGUGCUGGUGUCCCCGCAGGCCCUCGCUGCCUGCUCUGCAUGUGCACACUGGACAUCGACACUGCCGAUAGUGCCACGGCUUUUGGGGCUCAGACCUCGCAUCUCUCCCAGAUGCCGCCCCCCACACCACCAGCCAAGGCGCUCACAGCACCCUGCUGUUCUGCAGGGGAGGGCAGGCCCCAGGGCUGCUGCCAGGUGGCUGGGCCCUGUGGGAGGGAGGACCCCCGAGCCUGCAUCAUUGAGCAGCUGUGUUACGGCUGCCGUGUGAACAUGAAGGACUUGCUCUCUGUUGCAGCCGUCCUUGGACCCCCUGCCACCUUACAUUCGGGCUGAGGCCCAGCUCCGUAGACAAAGGGCCUGGGUCUCGCAGGAGAUCCAGGAGUAUCUCAUUGAGAGCAGUGACGAAGAGGCACACGCCGGUGAGAGCUGAGCUUCAGGACGGACACUUGGGGUCACCCUGCUGGGGCCUCUGCCACGUCAGAGCAGGAC